AAGCCAAAGUAUAGAAAGUAAUAAGAUCGUGUAAUUAUACAACACAUAAAAAAAUGGUACUUCAGAUUCUCGGCGUGGUAAUAAUCCUACUGGUGUCGGCAUCACCGGCCGGUCGUGCCGAUCCAGCGCCGGUUCAGUACUCCGCCAUAAACUGCCGCAAACACACGGCGGUCCUAACGGAUUUCGGAGCCGUGGGGGACGGCAAGACGCUGAACACCAAGGCGUUCGAAACCGCCGUCGCCAACCUGUCCCAGUUCGCUGCCGACGGCGGCGCGCAGCUGAUCGUGCCGGCGGGGAAAUGGCUGACGGGGAGUUUCAAUCUCACCAGCCAUUUCACCCUUUUCCUCCACAAGGAUGCCGUGAUCCUUGGUUCCCAGGUUAACAUGGAAGACUGGCCAUUGGUGGCUCCCCUGCCUUCGUUCGGCACAGCGGCGGAUGGCUCCACCGGCGCCAGGCACGCCAGCCUUCUCUUCGGCGCCAACCUCACCGACGUCGUGAUCACGGGGAACAACGGCACCAUCGACGGCCAGGGAGCAAAUUGGUGGGAUGAUUUCAAGAACAAGAAACUCAAGGACGCCCGGCCGUUCUUGGUGGAGAUUCAGAGUACGGAUCAGCUCCAAAUCUCCAACGUUACCUUCACCAAUUCCCCAAUGUGGAAUGUCCACCCCGUUUAUUGCAGCAAUGUGGUGAUCCAAGGGGUGACCAUCCUGGCUCCAGUUGAAGUCCCCAACACAGAUGGCAUCAAUCCAGAUUCUUGUACCAACAUCCGGAUCGAAGACUGCUACAUAGCCUCGGGCGACGACUGCAUCGCCGUGAAGAGCGGGAUCGACCAGUACGGCAUCAAAGUGGGGAAGCCGACGAAGCAGCUCGCCAUCCGGCGAGUGACGUGCGUCUCGCCGGACAGCGCCGUGGUGGCGCUCGGCAGCGAGAUGUCCGGCGGGAUCCAGGACGUCCGGAUCGAGGACGUGACCGCGAUCAACUGCCAGUCGGGCAUCCGGAUCAAGACGGCGGUGGGCCGGGGCGGGUACGUGAAGGACAUCUUCGCCCGUAGGAUGACGAUGAGCGGGAUGGAGAAAGUGUUCUGGAUGUCCGGCGCCUACAAGUCCCACGCUGACGGCGGGUUCGACCCCAAUGCCCUGCCCGUGGUCCACAACAUCAGCUACCGCGACGUGGUGGCCCAAAACGUCACCGUCUCGGCCGUGCUUGAUGGGCUCGAGAAGUCCCACUUUACCGGGAUCUGCAUCUCCAACGUGACCCUGAAUUUGGGCCCGGCGGCCCGGGAGCUGCAGUGGAACUGCACGAAUGUUGCCGGGACGACGAGCCGGGUGACGCCGAAGCCGUGCGAUGAGUUGCCGGAGAAGGCAGGGGAUUGUCCCUUUCCGGAGGAUAAACUGCCGAUUGAUGACGUCGUGCUGAAGUCAUGUUCGACUGCUUAAUUAAGAUUAGCUUUGGGUUGAAUUUGUGUGGUGAAAUAUUUUUGUGUAUGAAUUGGUACACUGAGAAAUAUAAUUAUGAAGGGAAUAAUUUUUGUUUAUGAAUUUUGUGUAUAUUGUUGUUGAAAAGCUGAAUCGCUAUUCGUCGCCCUAAAAUUUAAAAACUAUCGCCCUAAAUUAUAUUGAAUUGACGCUUGUACCCCAAAUUCCAAUUUUCCUAAUC